UGUAGCUGUACCGAAAUGUGAGCUGUCUUUGAGGGCAUUUUUGCAUGUUAGUUUACUGUAAUGUUGUAGCUCAUGCAGUUCACCCGUAAGAAAGACGGUGUUUAAAGAGAGAUACACCGGAGAAGCUGCAAUCGGACUUUAACGGGGGAAGGUUUAAUUCAGCAGUAUAAAGAGUGCAGGGAUUAGUAGGUCAAUUCAGACACAGCGAUGAGAUCGUUUGUUUUUCAGAAUCCUAAAACUCUUGCGCUGGUCACAGUAACAGGAGUGGGACUUCUUGGAGUAAAGAAAUGGAUGGCAGGUGGAGUAUGUCGCAGCAAAGCCAGGCUGGAUGGAAAGACUGUCUUGAUCACUGGAGGCAACACUGGAAUCGGCAAAGAAACAGCUGUUGAUCUAGCUAGAAGGGGUGCAAGGGUCAUUUUGGCCUGUAGAGACAUGGACAGAGCUAAUAAAGCUGCACAGGAUGUGAGGAAGAGGAGCGGAAAUGAGAACGUGAUUGUCAAAAAGUUGGACUUGGCAUCUCUACAGUCAGUACGACAACUGGCCAAAGACAUCCUUGCAAGUGAAGAGCGACUGGAUGUUCUCAUCAAUAAUGCAGGUAUUAUGAGCUGUCCAAAAUGGCAGACUGAAGAUGGCUUCGAAAUGCAGUUUGGUGUGAACCACCUGGGUCACUUCCUGUUGACAAACUGUCUUCUGGAUCUGCUGAAGAAGUCAGCUCCAAGCCGCGUCGUCAAUGUCUCCAGUUUAGCUCAUGAGAGAGGUCAAAUCUAUUUUGAUGACAUAAAUCAAGAGAAAGACUACAGUCCUUGGAAAAGCUAUGCACAAAGUAAACUAGCUAAUGUCCUCUUUACAAGGGAGCUGUCCAGCAGACUGCAAGGUACCGGAGUAACGACGUACAGCCUCCACCCUGGAGUGAUCCGGACUGAGCUCGGCCGGCACUUCUGGCCCACGAUACCCUUGUGGAAGAGAGUUGUGUAUACACCGCUCAUGUUCCUCAUCAAGUCUCCAGCAGAAGGGGCUCAGACCACGAUCUACUGCACUGUGGAGGAAAGCCUGCAGAACGAAAGUGGACUGUACUACAGCGACUGUGCCCCAAAAACAGCGGCUCCUCAGGGUCUGGAUGAUGAAGCUGCCAAGAAGCUGUGGGAUGUGAGUGCCUCUAUGGUUGGUCUGAAAUAAUCACAGUGACAUCCACGAUAAUCGUCAUCACAGGACCAAUGGACUUCCGAGGGGCAUGAGGAAAAACGUGUGCUCUUUCUAAUGAUUAUCUGUGUGGCUAUGAACAGCUGAGCUCCUCCUCAGUGUGACGAACGAAUAAACAAAGAAAGAGAAAUUCACAAGUGAUAGACAUUUAUUCAGAAUAUACAACAAACUACUUGCAAAAAUACUAUCGAUUAUAUUAUGGGUUUUUUUUCUUAAACAGAAGCAAUGCUUCACAGGUAAGUUACAUGGAAGCUGUAUGAUCUUUAGUUUUGAUUGCCAUUAGCUUGAAAUGACAUUUUAAUCGGCAAGUUUCACCAAUGUCUCUGUUGACGACGGGCUCGAAUGUCAUUCAGUGUUUCUUGAAUUCAUCAUAUAAGAAUUUCAUGUGCUUUUAAAGGUUUUUUUUUUUUUUUUUUUUAACACUGUUAAUAGCAACUUUUAGAGGUUUUUUUUUCCCACCUGGGCAAUAAAGUGCUGUUAUAAAUAGCCCAUUGGUUUACCUGUUUCUUAAGGCAUAUUGUU